AUCACCUAAAAUAGUUCUUAGUAACAUGACAUGAUAUUAUAAAUUACAAGUAUAGUGCAAUGUAAUAAAUUUUCAGCGUAAACGUAAUGAUUUAUUAAAAAGACCAAGUCAUAUUUUGAUUUUACAAUACCAAACAAAUUCACCAACGAAGAUUAACAUAUUCUCCUAUUCAUUACUGUCAUCUCUACUAUCAUUACUGGAAUCAUCACUACUGUCAUCUAAUAAUACAUCGAUGUUCUCAUCCUCGUCAUGAUCACUAGAGUCGAUGCUAGAUCCAUCAUCUUCCUCGCUUGAGAUAACAAAGCCAUCGUCAUCAUCUUCAUCAUCAUCAUCUAGGACGUAGCCUGGAAUGUCAUUCGGUGGGCAAAGCGUUGCAUGUACUUGUGGGGAUGGUGCCUGCAAAAACUCUAAGUCCAUCGGAGCAUCAACCACUGACCUUGCUUGUGUUUUAAAAACAGCCCACCAUUGAACUCGAUCCCGUUUCAGGCUAGGGUAUGAUGCGUAGUACACUUGAGUCACUUGGUAAGAUAAUACAAAGGGAUCGUACUUGGGGUAUUUCUUAGUAUGAUUGACUUCGACAAGCUUGUAUUGUUCAUGUAUGUUCAUUCCCCUUCCACAAUCCAUCCAACUGCACUUAAACAAAAUACUCUUGUACACUACUAGAAAUAGGCUUAUUUCCGAGGGAAUGCUUCCGACGGAAUUUAAUUCCCUCGGAAAAUUCAAAAUUUCCGAGGGAAAUUGACUUUGUAGGAAUAAUCCGUCGGAAAAUGUCCUUACCGACGGAAUAUUCCCUCGGAAAUUUUCUGACGGAAUUUUAUUCCCUCGGAAUAUUUGGGUUACGACGGAAUAUUCCCUCGAAGUGGUUUCCGACGGAAAUUAUUCCCUCGGAAAUCACAGGUUCCGACGGAUUUCCGAGGGAAUAAUUUCUGUCGGAAACUGCGAAAAAAAUAAAAAAAAAAACGCAACCCUGUACAGAACACAGAAAGAAAAAAAACACGAGAGGAAGAGAGAGAAGGCGACACAGGAAGAGAAAGAAGAAGAGAGAGAAAGGGAGAAGGAGAAAGAGGAAGAGGGAGAAAGAACACGGUCACCACCACCACCACCCCACCGCUAGGUCGCCGCCGGUUCACCGGAAAUAACCACACCCACCGCCGAUUUGGGUCACAACCACCAAGAGUCAAAGUCGGCGGCGUUGAAUAGUGCCUUGAACACCAGCCGGCCGCCGGUCAACAACCACAAACAACGCCCUGUUGCCGCCUACAACAGGAUUUGUAGAUAUAAUCGGUUCUUUGGCAUUAACAAGGGCAGAUCUACAGGUAGUCAUGGCGGGUGGAAAAAGUGGGCAGUCGUCGAAGAAAGCAAAGGGGAAAGAGAAAGAGACCGCCCGCGCCCUGUUCAUCGACGACCAGGAUGAGGAGAUGUUCGAUGCGGAGGCAGCCGAUUUGGGUGAGGAUCAGACGUCCCCAUCCACUCCUGUAGAAGAUGGGCCACGGGAUGAGUCAGAGGACGAGCCACAGGAUGAGUCACAGCUCCCGUUUUUGGACCCUACUACGCUGUGAUAAGUUUGAUGAUCAUAAGGUUCGGAGUGCGGUAUCCGGUACGAUUACUGGAUACUACCGAGCCCCUUGGAGGAACUUCUCCGAAGUGCCUCCAGCUACGAAGGAACACUGGUGGAACUUGUUCAGCGCACAAUACAGAUGGGCACCUCAGAUGGACGAGCUAGUGAAGAUCACAUUUCGGAGGAGGGUAGCCACACGCCUGCGUGACAUGUUCCACACCAUCACGCACAAGAUGAAAGGCGCCAGGCCAAGUUGGUUGAGUGCGGAGAUCCACAAGGAGAUGAUGGACAUUGUGGAUAGCGACCCAACUUACAAGGAGAGGUCGGCGCAGAACAGAAGGGGCGGAUCUAUGGAAAAUCCCGUCCGAGGGACCCACUUUCAGGGUUCGUUGGCAGCUACCCAACAUGCAAAAAGGAUGGCGGCGAAGAACAAGGGCCAGCUACCAACAGCUCCUGAGCUAUUUCUGAAGACACACUUCAAGGAGCUGCCUGGGAAAGGCACAGUGCCAAUAAACCCCACAGCUCAGCAAAUUGCGGAGGCCUACCAGAAGAGGGUUGAGGCGGCUAGCACUCAAAGGACUCAGAAGAGUCCGAAUGAGCUGUACUGGGAGAUAGUGGGUGGUCGGAACAAAAAAGGACGUGUGAAGGGACUAGGCGAAAGUGCUGACAUGUACUAUGGCAGCCAGAUAGGUCGCCGACUUUCCAUACACACGCCCUCCUUUGUUUCUAAGAUGCAGGAUCAGAUGGAAUCCAGGGUCCAAGCUCUUCGGGAACAAAUGGAAGACGAUAUGGAAGCCCGAGUUCAAGCCCAACUACAAGCCCAAAUUGAAGAAAUGGAGAAGAGGCUGGAAGAAAGGAUGAUGGGUCGUUACGCCAAUGACUCAUGUUCCAACGUGCGACCUCCAUUUCGAGAUCCCAGGGACGACGACCCGGGUUUUGGUGGAGCUGGCCAGGCCUCUCGCGCUGUUGUAUAGCAUUGAUGAACUUAGUGUUUGUUAGUUCUAAUUUUAUAUUAACUUAGUGAUUAUUGUAAACAUUGGA